GACCCAUCGGUCGGUCGCGGUGGGGCACAGCUGCUCGACACUCGAACUCACUCACACGGCGCUGGCGGCGGACUCCUCUCUCUCUUCUGCGGAAAAUCUGUCUACUGUACCGUCUCCGCCAGGGCAUCCGCUGCUGGCAAUGGCUUCAGACCGAGCCGGGCUGGCGCCGGCGGCACCGGACGGAGGUGAAUGGGCGGUGUCUGGGUCUUCGUCCGCGUCCUCAUCCUCUUCAUCGUCAUCUGCUGUUGGCCGACCGACGGCCGGCCGGCGACUGACCCCCGAGACUGGGUCGGAGGACGAGGAUGAGGAUGAGGACGACAAUGAGCACAAUCACUACGAUGACGGCGAGCUUGUGGGAGUCGAGAAAGGGGAGGGCGAUGAAGAAUGGGAGCUUCAAGGCGGCGCGGACGAGAAGCAUGGCGAGGCCCGGAGGCAGUCGGAUGAGCGGCAGCCACUACAACGACCACGGCGGCGGCGGCUGCAGUUGUAUACUGCCGAGGAGGAGAAGGCUGUCGUUGCCAAGUUCGACCGCCGGCUGGUGGUGUUCAUGGCCGUGCUGUAUCUGCUGAGCUUCGUGGACCGGUCGAACAUUGGCAACGCCCGCGUGGCCGGCAUGGACGACGACCUGCAGUCGGUCCCGCCGCGGGACGACUGGUACGAGUGGUCGCUGGGCGCCUUCUACCUCGCCUACAUCGUCUUCGAGUGGAUGUCGAUGCUCUGGCGCCUCAUCCCGGCGCACAUAUACGUCGCCGCCCUGGUGCUCUCCUGGGGCGUGACCGCCUCGCUGCAGGCCGUCGCCGUCAACUACCCCAUGCUGAUCGUGCUGCGGACCCUGUUGGGUGUGGGGGAGGCCGGCUUCACCGGCGUGCCCUUCUAUCUCUCCUUCUUCUUCAAACGCGACGAGCUGGCCUUCAGGACGGCCAUCUUUGUCUCGGGUAUGUCUCCCCCUCGUCCUGCCGCUGUGCGUGUUUUCCUCGAGUAGCUGACUCAUGACGAC